AUGGUCUACAAUCUAUUGCGUGCCUUUAGGACGCCGCUUCUAUGUCUCUUGGCCUUCAUCGUUCUCUAUCUGCUCCACCAGUUUAUGGCAAAACUCCAAGGCUUGCAUGAGGCACAGGGAACUCCGCUGCCCAAGAAUGUUGUCCUUCGCCAUUCCGAAAGGGAUUCCAAAAGGAAGGAGAGCUCGGGAUCGCAGCAGGAAGCGAAUCAAGCGAAUCAAGCGAAUCUGGAGGUCCUGCUGCGUGGCAAAGAGGAGGAGCACUGGGUGGGGCAACCAACCGCCGACCAGUGUGCCCCAUAUCCGCGCUACGAAGACAUCGAGUUCCCGAAUCCCCACUUCCAGCUGACGCGGCACGGAAACCUGAGCUACUACCUCUAUGGGGCGCACUACGAUCGCAGGCCCAGGAUACCGGAGAUGGUGAUCCUCGGCAUGGUGACCACAUGCGGUGGUCCCUAUCCACCCGCCUAUUUGCAGAUGUGGUACGAUGGCGAGACUCGCGCCGAAACGGUGCCCGUGCACCAAAGCAAAUUCGGCUGGUACAAGGAGUGGGGUAAUUUAGAGGGUGUCGCUUAUCCCACAGUGCUGACGUUUCAGCUGAAAACCCAAAGGGUGCCACAGCUGGUGAGUCUGGUCUUCGAUCCGUGUGCGGUGCCCAGGAAUGCCUUCCAGGUGACGCCACCGCCGUCGGAGGAGCCACCAAAACCGCAGCGUCCCAAGCGAAUUGGCGUUUGUGUGAAGUAUCUCAAUUUUCCCGACGUCGACAUGAGCGAUCGAUUCGUGGAGUGGCUGGAGCUGAUGCGAUUGCUGGGCGCCAGCAAAGUGACUGCCUUCGAUAUUGGCCACCUGAUGGCCAACACCCGGCGUACCCUUGACCACUACAUGAGACCCGAGGAUGGAUUUUUGGAACUGCGGCCAUUCCGUUUUCCCAAUGAGAUCGACGAGCACGUGAACUUCCGUUUGAUGGUCAGUGAGGUGCUGCUCUACACCGACUGUUUGUAUCGCAGUUUGUACGAUUUCGAUUUUGUGGCCGUCGUGGAUGUGGAUGAGGUGAUAAUGCCACUGGGUGAGCAUCACAGUUGGCAGGAUUUACUGGGCUAUUUGCAGUCGCGGGAUGUGAAUAGCACUGCUCGCUCGAGCUAUUGCUUCCGCAAUGUGUACUACUCGCAGCACCUGUCCGUGGAGGAGAGCGUUCCGGAGCAGUUCUUUAUGCUGCGCCAUGUGAACCGGCAGGCGGAACAUUCGGACCCCAACUAUUCGGUCAAGUGCCUACACGACACCAGCUAUAUUACGGUGAUGCACAAUCACUUUCCCCUCCAAUGGAUGGACGCCGAGAGGCCGUACGAUGUGAGCACCGAUCUUGGCCAGAUGCAGCACUAUCGCGAUACGGAGAAUCUCAAUCUCAAGAUGGAACCGCCGCCCGUUAGGGAUGAUAAUAUCCGACGAUUCCAGCACCAGCUCAUCCACAACGCACGGGAAGUUCAUCGGCAGCUGGCGCAGAGUCUUGCAGCAUAUUGA